UGUGUGUGUGUGUGUGUGUGUGUGUGUGUGUGUGUGUGUGUGUGUGUGUGUGUGUGUGUGUGUGUGUGUGUGUGUGUGUAUGAGCAGCAUGGCUAACAUCGCGGUCCAGCGGAUCAAACGGGAGUUUAAAGAGGUCCUGAAAAGCGAAGAGACGAGUAAAAACCAAAUCAAGGUGGAUUUAGUGGAUGAGAAUUUCACAGAACUGAAGGGAGAGAUCGCAGGACCGCCAGACACGCCUUAUGAAGGUGGCAGAUAUCAACUAGAAAUUAAAAUUCCAGAGACAUAUCCAUUUAAUCCACCAAAGGUUCGGUUUAUAACGAAGAUCUGGCAUCCCAACAUCAGUUCAGUAACAGGCGCCAUUUGUUUGGACAUCCUGAAGGACCAGUGGGCAGCGGCGAUGACGCUCCGAACAGUCUUACUGUCACUACAGGCUCUUCUGGCCGCCGCUGAACCAGAUGACCCACAGGACGCAGUAGUUGCCAAUCAGUAUAAACAGAACCCAGAGAUGUUCAAACAGACGGCUCGACUCUGGUCACAUGUUUACGCAGGAGCUCCCGUCUCCAGCCCAGACUACACUCGCGAAAUAGUAGAAAUAUUCGUGAUGGGUUUUGAUUUGAACGCAGUAAUAGUGGCAUUGUCGUCGAAAUCCUGGGACGUGGAGACGGCGACAGAACUGUUGCUUAGCAACUGAGUCCAACCUGAGGGGCCAAAGCACCUUAUCUGACACAAUCCCAACCCUAAAUCUCCUCAAACCACACUACCUUCAUCUUUCUGUCUUGCUCUCUUUCUUUACCCAUCUUCUGCCAUUCCUCCGUUUGGAUUAGUUCAUCCCAUACUGAGAAUGCCGUCAUCUUUAUGUUGUUCUUAACUUAUCUGACUUCAUUUCUUCUGCAGAAGUUUAGCUGAAUGGUCAUGCUGCUCUUUCUUUGUACAAAGGAACUAGCUGGUGAUUUGGCAGUAAAAAACCUCCGCCCGCUUUCCUUGUAUAAUGCAGAAUGUUGUGGAAGCUUGUUUCCGCCAUGUAAUAAAAACAAACAAAAAAAUAAUAAUAAUAAUAAAUUCGGACUUUGUUUCUUGCAGUUCUGUAAACAAAAGUCAAAAUUUAUUUUCUCUUGCAAUUUAUAUCUCACAAUUCUGAGUUUUUCUCAGAAUUUAUGUCUCGUAAUUCUGAGUUUCUAUCUCAUAAGUCGGAGUUUAUGUCUUAAAAUUCUGAAUCAGUGUCCCAGAAUUCCUAGUUUAUAUCUUACAAUUCUGACUUUUUUCCUCUGAAUUUUGAGUUUAUGUCUCAUAAUUAUGAGUUUGUCUCAUAAUUCUGAGUUUGUCUCAAAAUGCUGUUCGUCUCAUAAUUCUGAAUUUGUGUCCCAGAAUUCCUAGUUUAUA